UCAUUUUCUCACCGUCUUCGUCACACUCUCCUAUCUCUCUCUCUCUCUCUCUCUCUCUCUCUCUCUCUCUCUCUCUCUCUCUCUCUCUCUCUCUCUCUCUCUCUCUCUCUCGCCUUUUUCCUCCUCCUCAUUCCCUCUCGUCUCCCUCCACCCGCAUGUGCUCUGCUGUGUAUCUGAGUCUUAUCCUCCCUCUUCCCCACCCCUACUGCUCUGUGUGUGGACAGUCUGGACACGCAGUUACACAUGUUGACCAAUCGCCUGUGGCUUUCACCAAAGCAAAAGGGGAGGGGACGGCUCCCAAUGACGAGCCAGCUCCCGUCGUUCACUUCAAAGAGCCGGCUCUUAGAGCCGGUUCGUUCGCGAUCGACACAUCACUAAUGGGAGCAUUUACUAGCCUAGUGGGCUAGACCAAAUUCUCGCUAUGCAAACGGCCAGGCUGAGCAUUUACAGCAGCUUUGGUCAAUGGUAUAUCGCAGCAGACCUGGAGACCGCAGAUUCAGGCUUGUGCUGUUUUUGAGACGGCGACCUCUGAAGGACCAAGGUGUAACUGCAACUGCAGAUUCAAGACUAACUGCACAUUCAAGGCUGCAGACUUGGACACGACAGAUUCACGCCUCCUGCACAUUCAAGAUUCUACUGUUUAACAGUUGUAUAUAAAAAUGUGUAAUUGUCAGUGAAGCUUAUUAAAACGUAGUUUAUUCGUUAUUAAAGCUUCAGUGAAGUAGUUCUCAGAAUACAAAUUUGAAAACUUCUGAGUAACCUUUAAUACAGUUGUUCUCAAUUGUUUACACACAUUUUCUGAAAGCAUGCCCCAUAUUUUCAGAACUCUACACACAAAUCCAGAAAAUACACACACAAUGGGCAAAACCCCUCACUUAACCUGCAAAAUUAAACUUCACAUUCAAAACAAUGUACUUUCUCCUCAAAAUGUGAUUUUGUGGUCAAAUGACACACAAACCAUCAUAUGAAUAGACAUUUAUAAGAACCAGCAGAACACUCAUGUGCUCAAUGUUAAACACUAUGAUGAAUGGAAAACACUUCUUCUCCAUUCAUCAUAAUGACUAAAGCCUUUUUGGUUCAGUGUUACACCUACUAUACUACAGACAGUAAAUACAUGCAUGUGUUGUUAUGUCAGAAUAUUGUUUUUACACUCUGAACACACAAAUACAUGGUAGAAAUUAUUUUAUUUUCCCCACAAAACAUUGUACACAAUGUUUAUCCCAUUCCCAACCAACACAAAGUUGCACACAUACACUACAUACAACAGAAAUUUACUGUAUACAGUUACAGUAAAACAAUAAAACUAUGCUGCAUCCUCUCUUCUGUUGCGGUCUGGCCACAGCGCCUCAUCCACAUCACAAGCACCGUUGUCCCUGGCCAAGCAGCGGGGGAAAUAUCUCCUAGCAUGGCGAUUCCAGCCAUGAAAAGAAUCAGUUGCUAUAUCUCCACAUGCAUCCUCCAUAGCUUGGAGAAGAGGUAUACGGGUUUGUGGCUGUCGGUCAUACACCUUCCAUCUCCAUGCAGAAACAAUUCCUCAAUGGGAUUGAGGAAUGGAGAAUAUGGAGGGAGAUAAACAACUGAAAAGCGUGGGUGGCCACUGAACCAGUUAUGAACCACAGCAGCCCGGUGGAAACUUACGUUGCCCCGAGUGACAACGUACCUGGGCUGUUCUGGACCAUCUACCUGGUCUGGUGGAAUGAGUGUGUUAUGUAGGGUGUUCAGGAAUGUGAUCAGAUGGGCGGAGUUGUAGGGGCCAAGGGUAGCAUGGUGAUGGAUGAUGCCAUGGUAGCCAAGCGCUGCACACAUUGUGAUGGUCCCUCCACACUGGCCAAUGAUAUUCCUUCCCCUCUUUCAUCUUUUUGUGAGGUUGAAUCCAACCUCAUCAAUGAAGAUGAACUGGUGCUCCACUGCAGCUGUCUCUAGCUCAAGGACUCUCUGAAACACACGUGGCAAUAUCAGAAAUAAACGUGGAGUGGUCACUAGUGUGAAGCACCAUCAUUAUGAUUACAAUAUUGAAAUAUGUAUAAUUUACUGUACACAGUGUUGAGUGUAUGCAUCAAUUGCGGGACUCACUUGCACAUAGUUAUAUCGCAAUUCUUUGACUCUUUCUGAGUUUCCUUCAAAUUGCACCCUGUUGACCUGUGGCUCGGAUCUCUUCAGAGAUUACGGUCCUUGGUCUUCCUCUUCCUCUUCCUCAUCCUCCUCAUCCUCCUCCUCUUACUCUCACUCUCACUCCUCUGGCUCAGCCUCUGUUUCCAAAGUUGGCAUCCAUUGCUCCAACACAGAAGAGCUCACCUGUUGCCCUUAUAUGCUAAAGUUCUGAUUGCUGAUUGUAAAACUGUGUGACGGGUGUUUGCCCUUGUGAUGAGUCAGUGUGCACAAUUGAAUAGCUGUGUGUUCCUUGUGAGAACAAGAUAGUUCCUGUAUUAAAAUUGUGCCAACAGCAGAGAAUUGUGUGUAGUGUUUUGAGAAAAGUGUGUUUUAGAUUUGAAAUUUGAGAGCAAAGCAGGAAUUGUGCUUGUAGUUUCGCAGAAUUGGUUAGGGGGGUUGGCUACUUGGUUACAUGUUGUGGUAAUUGUGUCUCAAGUACCAGAAAAUGUGUGUAAACAAUUGGGAAAAACUGUAAGCCCUGGGCUGAGGCUGAGCGAUCCUCGCUAAAAGGAGACAUGUUUGGUGUGUCCAUUUGGUUGAGCUAACCAGUGUGGCGUAAACCCAUCCAGCUGUGCAUUAUUCCAAUAGCAGCUAGCUUAAGGGCUACGACUAGACGAAAUAGAACGUUGGUUACGCAUUGUAACCCCAGAUUCUAUGGGGCCAUUCCCAUCUGUACCGGGUCGGCCCGGGCCGGGUAGCCCCAGUCGGCCCCAGCCUGGCUCGGUUGAUUCCACACAUCCUUGUCUUAAGCCCAUGUGGGCUGAUUCUACCCACCAAUCAGAGGCUUGCUCUAAUGGAAGGUGUGAAUUUGCUGUCAGCAGUGGGUGUGUUGGCCCUGGUCGGCCUGAAGCAGACCCCCUCGAGAAGAGGGCUGAGAAUGAGCCUUGGUUGGCCCGGAAAAAUACCAGGCCACCCAGAUAUGUAAACAACCUACGCUACCCGGCCCGGGCCGACCCGGUACAGAUGGGAAUGGCCCAUAUGAGUCUAGUUGCAGCCCUUAAGCCACUGGCCCCACUGGUUCUGUUAGGACUAAGAGCCAUCGGAGGCGAACAGUGGAGUCGCUCCACUUAUAUACCCACAAGGGGUGACCACCACUGGUGGGCGUACAAUUAAGCUCUUCAUGAUUGGCUGAUGCUGAGAUCAUCCUUCCAAUAGCAGCUAGUUUAUGGGCUGCGACUAGACUCAUAGAAUCUGGGAUUACAAUACGUAACCAUUGUUAUUAAUCUCCACCAUGAUGUCAUGAAUUUUAAAUGCACACCUCAGUCAGUGGGAGAGGAUCACAAGUAUAGACCUGAUCAUGUGGUAUUAAACCUGCACCACGUCAUUAUUGUGAUGGUGGAACACACAGCGGCCCCAUUCUUUUGACCGGUCUCCUCACUUACCGUACAAACAUGACAUGACAAGCAAAACCACAUUUGCAACAGUGAACAAAGUACUAACUAAAAACAACACGACUCCGCAAAAUAAACAUGCAUAAACACCUCAAAAUAGAGCAACAUAACUAAAAACAUGACUUCCCACGAUGCACCUCGCCCACUGCAGCUCCUGCAACUCUCUGCAGCCAAUCGGCCGCUACCAGUCCAACUUUUAGAAUAAAAGGGUGGAGUCUACAAAUUAACUCUGCAGGUGUUACAGCUGCUGUGGGAGUUGAGUUAGAUUUUCAGGAGUUAUUUUGUCCUAAAUGACACCUACAGAGUUGAAUAGGAAACACUCCUUUAUAACACUGGGUUUUAACUCUCAUGUCAGUGUUACAUAUAAACUAAAUAACUCGUUCUAGUGUUAAAUUAACUAUUCUUGGUGUUAAAUUGGACCAACACCAGAAAAUGAACACUUUUGAAUGUGCUGUGAGGUUGUUGUUGUAAAUGAGAAUGAGUUCUCAGUAGACUCAUCUGGUUAAUUAAAUGUUCAAUAAAAAAUAGUCUGAAAACUUUUGCUGUUUGUAUUUCAAAAGGACAAUUUGCAACUUUUUCAUAUUUUUAAAUAAUUUUCUUGAGCCAGUAUGAGCUAAAAUGACCCUUUGCAGGGUUGCUGAAAGGCCACCCAGCCUCUAUCGCCCCCUGUGGCCAGAAUGGGAAAGCACUGAGCUGAUGUACCUGACGCUGCUGUCUGGCUUCAGCACGUUUCCUGCAUGUUUUAGAUCAUGAUCACAGCUGAUUUGUUCAAUUUAGUCAUGAAUCACUCCUCUAGACACCAGGGAACGCUGGGAGACAUUUCAGAUGUUAGAUUAAAGUGUUAAAAAGAAGAACGCACAGCGCACAGCGAGGAGAUCGUUUCGCUUCUACAAACGGACACUAGGGGGCGCUAAAAACAAACAAAACUAGUAUCCCUUUCAAGUUUGAUUCAAAGAGAAUAUAAAGUAGCUAACCUACAUGAAACAUAUGAUGAUGAUAAUAUUAAUUUUGUUAUUUUCAACAAUGAUGUUGGAGCUAAAAUGCUCUCUCUCUCUCUCUCUCUCUCUCUCUCUCUCUCUCUCUCUCUCUCUCUCUCUCUCUCUCUCUCUCUCUCUCUCUCUCUCUCUCUCUCUCUCUCUCUCUCUCUCUCUCUCUCUCUCUCUCUCUCUAUUCUGUCUGUUUCGUUGCAUUUGAAAGUUUACGUUGUCCCACAUUGAGAAUCUCUGUCCCAUACUGAAAAUCCUUUAAAAGAUUUAGUAACAUCUGACUUAUUUAUACAAAUAUUACACGUUUAUAAAGACGUGAUUAAUCAUUUUACACCUGUUAGCCAGAGAUCUCACAAUUUAUGGCAGUUUUAAGAGCAUUUCAUUAUAUUUCUCCAUCUCUAGAGAUCAGCACAGUGAUGUGUUCUGAGCUUGAUGAGAUUUUUGUUUAACUUCCUGUAGAAAUCCAAGGUGAAUAAAAUGACAAUACCCAGUCCUUACGAACUCUACCCUAUGUUCUGACUUAUAAACGUUUUAACCAAAAAUGAAGUGGAUCAAAACCCAAAUUCUACAUGAAACAUCUUCCCAAACCAUCAUUUUAUGGGAAUUUUCUGUUGAAAUGUACUUUUUCAGUUGGAAAACUUCUGAAACUUGCAGAAUUUCAUCAAAAAGCUCUUUUAUGUUGGAAUCUUCUAGACCAGCGGUAGGCAACCCUGGUCCUAGAGAGCUGCAGUCCUUAUUUUCCUACUAUCGUUGUUGUUCCUGCUGUUGGUUACCUGGAUCAGGUAUGUUAGGCCAAUUAGAAGCUGCAAGUUCAUGCAUGGCUGGAAAACACACAGAACACACAACCCUGGGACAAACGCAGUGAUUCAGCUCAUAAUUAUUCCAUGGGAUAACACGUACAUAUUAUGUAAACAAAUCAUUUAUUUACAAAGCUCGAGUGUUUUGUACACCUGAUAUUUCAAUAAAGUUAUGGAAGAACAAAGUUCUCCCUUCACUCCUCAUAUGUGCUACCAACGACCCAUUCUCGACGCGCGCGCGCCCCCGCCAGGCCCGGGACAUGCAAGGAAACAAUCGUGCACGCCCUCUGCUGCGCGCUCCCUGCAGCACUCCGGUGUUUUGCACUUUCCCGUCCCGUCGAGCGAUCCGGACCAAGCCGCAACAUGACCAUCAACACGCAGGUGAGAGGCGGGCUGCUGCGGGAGCAGAUGUCAUGUUUCCGGAAGAUGGAGAAAGUGAUAGUAGCCAUGCAGGAUCCUGACAUGGGAAUAAAAAUGAGAAACCAAAGACUCCUGAUCACCGUGAUUCCUCAUGCCAUGACGGGUGUUGACGUAAUUACCUGGCUGACCCAAAAAUACAGAAUCGGUGAGGAGGAGGCUCUGCACCUCGGUGGCAUGCUGGUGAGGUACGGAUAUAUUUACCCCCUUAAAGAGCCACGAUGCCUCGUGCUGCAGCCCGACGACUCGCCCUACCGCUUCCAGACUCCAUAUUUCUGGAUGAGUACAAGAUGGCCUGCCUCGGAGGUGGAUUAUGCAAUAUUUUUGGCAAAGAAGAACAUAAGAAAACAAGGAGAACUGAUGGAACAUGAAAAGGAGAGGUACAGUCUGUUGCACAAGAGGAUCAACCAUACUUGGGACUUUGUGGUGAUGCAGGCCAGAGAGCAGCUCAGGACAUCCAAGCAGAGGAGGAAGGCUGACCGUAUUGUUCUGGAGUGUCAGGAGCAGGCUUACUGGCUCAUCAACAGACCGCCGCCCGGGGUCCAGAGUGUGUUGGACAUGGGUCUAGAGCGUCCGAGUAACCAAAACCUACGAGUACCUCUGAACAGCGACUUCUACAAAAGAGAGAUUGAAGCAUCCAGACGGGCUCUUGGGAGAAACAGAGUAAAGUCAUCUAUCUGCCUAGAAGGCUUUGUGAAAUACUGCGAGCAGUACCAGGACCAUGAUCCCAUUAUGCUGGGCUGCCUUCCCAGUAACCCUUGGAUCUCUGAUGACUCUGCAUACUGGACUAUCAACACAGAAAUCGUGCUUGUGCCGACUCGCCUCCGGGUGGAGCGCUGGAGCUUCAGCUUCAUGGAGCUUCUCUCUGACCCGAUGGGGAGGAAGGAGUUCAUGACUUACCUGGAGAAAGAGUUUAGUGCGGAGAACCUGUACUUCUGGCAGGCGUGUGAGGAAAUCCGGCAUGGAGAAAGUUCAAAAAUCCCACAGAAAGUGGAAGAUGUUUACAAGAACUUCCUGGCUCCAGGAGCCAGCCGUUGGGUCAACAUUGACAGCAAGACCAUGGAUAAAACUUUAGAGGGGAUUAAACGGCCGCACCGCUUUGUCCUGGACGAUGCACAGAUGCACAUCUACUUCCUCAUGAAGAAGGACUCUUACCCCAGGUUUCUAAAGUCAGACCUGUAUAAAAACAUGCUGAGCAGAGCGAUGGUUCCACAGGAAAGUAAGAAAAGUGUGUUCCCGUUCAUGCGGCGGCAGCGGCACUCCAGCCCCUCCCCUGCUCAGGUCGUUGCCCACGGAACAGAGGAAGACGAACGUACCGGGGGGGUGGGGCAAGCAGAGGUCGUCAUGUAGAUCCUCACUGAGGAGAAGGCCGAGCUUUUAGCUUUACUGCAUCUUCAUCCUGCAUCUGCAGCCCAGCUCAGUCCAAACAGUGUGUUCUGGUCUUUUGGAUCAACCAUUCCUCUCUUUGUUUAUCCCCCUAGAAACUCUAGAAGAAAUAUGACCGGAUUAUGAACAAGUCCAGGGUCCUCAUUCAUCAACCGUUCUUAUGCAC